AUGGAUAUAAGGCCGAGUUGGGGGAGAGCUCAGACACUUUACUGCACAGACCCAGGAUCAGCCAGGCAGCAGGAUGCGUGUGGACCUGGUGGUGGUGUGUGUGGCCGCUGUGGCUCUCUCUCUCCCCGCUCUCUCAACAUGUGACCCACUCUAUGUGAUGUCGGCUCCUAACCUCCUGAGGGUGGGCACCCCAGAGAAGGUGUUUGUGGAGGCCCAGGACUACAGUGGAGGAGACCUGAAUGUGAAGAUCUCUGUGAUGAACUACCCAAAGGACAGAGAGUUGACCACCGCAUCUGUCACUCUCACCAAAGACAACAAUUACAUGCUGCUGGCAGACAUCACGAUUCCUGACGGAAAAGAUAACUUUGAGGAGGACGACACCCUGAACCAGUACGUCCACCUGCAAGCCCAGUUCCCAAGCCACCUGCUGGAGAAAGUGGUGCUGGUCUCCUUCCAGUCUGGAUACAUCUUUGUGCAGACAGACAAGACCAUAUACACACCUUCAAGCUCAGUUUUGUACAGAGUGUUUUCACUCAAUCCCUCCAUGCAGCCUGUAGAAAGUGGUGUGUCUGUGGAGAUCAUGACCCCAGAUGGAAUCACAAUCAGCAGGGAGGUGUUCUACAAUAAUGGAAUGACGUCUGGAGCACACAGGCUGCCUGAGCUUGUCAGCUUUGGAACCUGGAAGGUGGUAACGAGGUUUGUUGACACGCCUCAGAGAAACUUCACUGCUGAGUUUGAGGUCAAAGAAUACGUUCUUCCCAGCUUUGAGGUUUCUUUGACUCCAGGGAAAGCCUUCUUCUAUGUGGACGACCCAGACAUGACAGUUGACAUUGUUGCCAGGUAUUUGUACGGAAAGGAGGUGACUGGGGUGGGAUUUGUGGCGUUUGGAGUGAUGACCAAGGAGAAUGAGAAGACGAGUCUGGCAGAGUCACUGCAGAGGGUAGAGAUAAGAGAUGGUAAAGGCACAGCAGUGCUGAAGAAAGACCAGAUCACACGGACUUUCAAAAACAUUAACGAGCUGGUCGGCUCCUCCCUCUAUGUGUCUGUUAGUGUGCUAACAGAGACAGGCAAUGAGAUGGUGGAAGCUCAUAAGAGAGGCAUACCAAUUGUCACGUCUCCAUACACCAUUCACUUCAAGAGGACCCCUAAAUACUUCAAGCCAGGGAUGCCCUUUGACGUCUCGGUCUUGGUGACCAAUCCAGACGGCUCCCCUGCAGAAAAGGUUGAUGUGGAGGUGACGGCUCUUGGUCAAUCCGCGUUGGGGCGCACUCUCUCCAACGGCAUGGCAAAAGUCACCAUCAACACACUGGGUGGAUCCUCCAAACUGGCAUUCACUGUGAAGACCAAGUCCCCUGGUCUCACUGAUGCUCGUCAGGCUAGACAGUCCAUGACAGCGUUGCCUUAUAAAACCAAGGGAGGCUCCAAUAACUAUCUACACAUUGGUGUGGAUGCAACAGAGCUGGCCAUCGGAGAUCAGAUCAAGGUCAACCUGAACCUGGGAGGAAGCCCUGGAGAACAGAAUCAAGACUUCACUUACCUAAUCCUGAACAAAGGGCAAGUUAUGCGUGCUGAGAGGAUAAAGAGACAGGGCCAGACUCUAGUGUCUUUGUCCUUACCGGUAACCAAGGACAUGGUUCCCUCCUUCCGUAUCGUGGCCUACUACCAUGUGGGCUCUGCUGAGGUGGUGUCUGACUCAGUCUGGGUGGACGUGAAGGACACCUGCAUGGGGACGCUGAAAGUGGAACCCUCUCGCCCUACUGCAGUCUACUCCCCCCGCGAGUACUUCAGUCUGAAGAUCACUGGAGACCCCGGGGCUAGAGUGGGUCUGGUGGCUGUGGAUAAAGGAGUCUACGUCCUCAACAACAAGCACAGACUCACCCAGAGCAAGAUCUGGGAUAUUGUUGAGAAGUCUGACACAGGUUGCACAGCAGGCAGCGGUAAGAACAGUAUGGGGGUGUUUCAUGAUGCUGGUCUCAUCUUCAAAUCAAGCACUGCUGGAGAAACAGAAUCACGUCAAGAACCCACAUGCCCAAAGCCACCCCAGAGGAGACGUAGAGCCAUCACCAUUCAGGACCUACACAGUAGUGAGGAUGAUGAUUACUACACAGACUGGGACAACAUUGUUUCCCGUUCCCAGUUCCCAGAGAGUUGGCUUUGGGAUGAUGGGGAUCUUCCCCAGUGCCCCCCAAAUGACAAACACUGCACUACCACCUCCAUUACAAAGAAGAGCUUCCUGAAAGACUCCAUCACCAGUUGGCAGGUUACAGCCAUCAGCAUUUCAAAAACUCAUGGGAUCUGUGUGGCGGAGCCCUACGAAAUGAUUGUAAUGAAAGAUUUCUUCAUCGAUCUGAAGCUGCCUUACUCUGUAGUGCGAAAUGAGCAGAUUGAAAUCAAAGCCAUCCUCUACAACUACAAUGACUACGAAAUCAAGGUGCGUGUGGAGCUUUUGGAGACCAAAGACGUGUGCAGCGUGGCCACCGAGAAGGGCAAGUACCGGACCACCAUCAAAAUAGAUGCCAUGACGUCACAAGCAGUUCCCUUUGUCGUGAUCCCCAUGCAGCUGGGCAAACACACCAUUGAGGUGAAGGCAUCUGUGUACGACAAGCCACACCUCCACGAUGGUGUCAAUAAGGACCUGCUGGUGGUGUCUGAAGGUGUAUGGACGCAGGUUCCCAUGAAGAAAGUCGUCCUGAACCCAGCAGAGCAUGGUGGGCAACAAAUUGAGGAAAUUCUGAGCCAAAUCCCAAAGAAGCAGAUGCCCGGCACACCAGCCAGUACUUACUUCACGGCCUCAGCGCAGGACAAGCAGCAGGACCAGAACCUGGACAUUGCCAUUUACAUCAUGGUCUCCGAGCGCACCAGGCCUAUUAGGUGGACUUUCACCAAAAGCAAUGCCUUCAUAACCCGAUCAGACAAGAUGGACAUAAAUCAAAACCUGACUGUGACUGCCACUGGGACUGGGGUGGCAACUCUGUCGUUAUUUACUCAGUACUAUGCCAUGCCCAGUGACAUAACCACAGAAUGCAAGAUGUUUGAUUUAGAGGUGAAGCUGGAGAAGCAAGACAAAGUAACAUACAUGGAGUCCACUGAAACGUACCUGCUCACCAUUGAUGUCUUGUACCUCUCAAAAGAACGUGAUGCUACCAUGUCCAUCCUGGACAUUGGACUGCUGACUGGCUUCAGUGUGGAUGAAACUGACCUCAAGGGAUUGUCCACAGGUGCAGACAGGUACAUCCAGAAAUUUGAGAUGGACAGGAUGCUGUCAGACAGAGGCUCCCUCAUUAUCUACCUGGAUCAGGUGAAUCAGCAAGACUGCCUGCCUGCCCGCCUGCCCGCCUGCCCGCCUGCCUGCCUGCCUGCCUGCCUGCCUGCCUGCCUGCCUGCCUCUCUGUUUCUGUUUCUAAAAGGUGUAAUCUGCAAUUAUAAUUCCAUACACUACUAGGCUGCGUAGAGGUAU